AUGGAUCAAGUAGACAAGAUAAAGACCCCUGAUUUUUCUCAUAUAACAUCAGAAGAUCUAAAUCAUAUUUACGAGCCUUCAGAGGAUAGCUUCCUACUCAUUGAUGCCCUGGAGAAGGACCUAGGAUUCAUACGGAAACGUGAACCUUCCAUGUGUCUAGAAGUGGGCACUGGGUCAGGCAUUGUAAUAACAGCGCUUGGAAGUGUCCUGGGGCCCCUGUGCCGGUACAUGGGCACCGACAUCAACCCAAGAGCUUGCAGCGUCACCCAGGAAACGGGCAGAAUAAAUGGAGUCAGCAUAGAGACUGUUUGUACGGACCUGGUUUCCGAGGUCAUUGACAGAGUAAAGGGAACCGUCGAUGUGCUGCUAUUCAAUCCGCCUUAUGUCGUCACCCCUUCCGAGGAGGUGGGUCAGGGGGACUUAGAGUACACGUGGGCAGGGGGAGUGAAAGGCAGAGAGGUGUUAGACAGGAUCUUGCCUAGUGUGGAUCUACUGCUGUCUCAAAAAGGACUCUUCUACUUGCUUGUACUGAAGGAAAAUGAUCCUGAAGAAAUUGUGAGUGUAAUGGACUCAAGGGGUUUUUCAUGUGAGUGCAUAAUGAGGCGCAGGACAGGCCCAGAGAACCUCCUGGUUUUACGGUUUUGCAGGAAAAGGAACCAAUAAUAUGUAAAAUGUAUGAAUUUAACAAAAAAAUAUCAGAACUUAUUUACCAUAUAAAUAAAACACAUAUAUAACU